GACGUCACCAAUAGCGUGUUGUAACCUUGGCAACCAUGGCGGCGGCGGCUGGGGAGACAGACGCGGAGAGUGUGAGGACCGAGUCUCAGGGCGGAGAUGAGCUGUAUGUGUCCGAGCUCAGCACCGAGCAGCUGGGGGCGCUCAUCCGGGACAUCAGUGAUGCCGUGUCCACGCUCAGGGCAGAGACAGAGAUGUUUGAGAAGUUUUAUAAACGCUUGGACCCAAAGGACCUGGCGCCGGCUGUCACCUCUGAGGCGGCUGCUGCUACCACUAUGGACUUCAGCCAGAUGCGCAGCCGUCGCCGCUCCAAGUCUCGCAGUACUAUUUCUGAGCGUUUGCUGAGUCUGAGUGUGGAUCAGAAGUGUGAGCUGGUACAGCGGGAGCUGGAGAACUGCACAGAAGAAGCACAGAGAGAUGCGGAGAACACGGACCGGAUCCUGCAGAGUUAUAAGGCCACAGUGGAGGAAGCCGAAAUCCGCAGCUCAGAGAUUAGAAAAGCCAUGUACGAGUUUGAGCGGGACGUCGGGAGAUCAGCUAUGAGCAGCAGAAAGAGUGGAGGGGUGACCCAGGAAAAGAUUCUUCGCUACAUGGAAGAGAAGACCCGAGCAAGAGACAGUUUGGUGGACAAGCUUCGUCUGAAGAACGCAUCAUUAAAGAUUCAGAAGAAGAAACUGCAGAUGCAGCUGAAGCAGAAGGAGGAGAUGGGAGAAGUACUGAAUGAGGUGGAUUUUCAGCAACUGAAGAUUGAAAAUGCGCAGUUCCUUGAGCGAAUUGAUGAGCGGAACCAGGAUCUACUACAGCUGAAACUGACCACAGCGGACACUCUUCAAGUCCUGAACUCGUACAAGGCAUCUGACCUGUGUAAUGGGGACUCAUGCAGCUCUGGCACUGAUGGACACGUCGUCUUGUCAUCCCAACAGAAGAAGCUUCAGAAUACAAUGGCAGAGUCCAUACAUCUGGCCAAAGAGAUCUCUGCCAGGAAGGAGAUGCUGCAGAGGAUCCAGGUGGAAACCGAACAAGUGGAGCAGGAACGGGCAAAGGCUGAAAGUCUUAAUAAAAAGCUGAGGACACAGCUUGGCGACUACCGCGUUCCAGAGGUUCUGCGUUACGUGCAGGAGAAGAUGGAGCAGGAGGAGCUGGAGAAGAAUAUCCGAGCCUGGGAGAGGAAGGUGGAGAUUGCAGAGCUCUCUCUGAGGACACAGCGCAGGUCCUGGGAGCAGAUGAAGGCAGCAGGACCAAUGCUGAGCUACUCCCAGCUGCAGGACGAGCGAUGACUGAUUCAUCCAGGAGUGUCCACACGUCUGCUUCAUCAGCUUAAUAAAUCAUGUUACAUGUA